AGAUAAAGGGUGCCGCUAAUCUAAGUAGUUUACUAUCAAGGUCUAACACAUCAAGAUUUUUUCAGGUGCUGGUUGAAUAGCGAGUCUGGUGCCAAAUGGACUUUUAUUGUUCCCGUGUGCCUCACUAGUCUGAUUGUCCUCGUACAGUUGGCGGUUAUUGGCUACGUUGCUUUCAUGAAAUCUAAACUACCAAACCAAACUGAAGACGAAAUGCAAGCACUUAAACGAAUGAGAAAUGUGUUUCAGGGUCUGUUGCUUCUUGCACCAGCUGUUGGCAUUUCGUGGAUUUUUGGUGUCAUCAUCAUUUUUUGUGACUGGAAGAUCAUGGAAUACAUUUAUGUUAUAUUAAAUUCCAUGCAAGGAUUCUUCGUCUGGCUUUCGCAGUGCGUCUUUAGCAAUGAGGUGCGACAAGCAUUCAAAAAGAAGUUUGCUAAUCGGAUAACGCGGGAAAGUAACACGACUACUGUAAGCAGUGUUACCCACAACACCGACCAUAUCGUUGUUGAAGACAUGUAAACACAGAUUUUGAGUGCAUGAUUAUUCGUUAGACAAACUUUGGUGACUAAACUAAAUUUAUAUUAUUAAUACGUUGUUGUUGGUGAGGUGACACAACACCUUUAUGUUUAAACCAAUUGUUGGCCUAUACUGUUACCUUAUAAAUUUAAAUGUACUAAUUAAUUACAUCUUGGUAUAAUAUAUUUUAAUAACAUGUUUGUUCUAUAUAUAUAAACCAACUUUUAAUACUUUA